AGAGAUGCUACCCUGUACCCCCCAUCAGCCUCAAGCAAAGGUUCGAUUAGCAUAACAGUAUAACACAAGUAACAUGGGUUCUCCUCCUUCAAACCAUGUCUAUGAUGUUGAUGAACCUUUGCUAACACCUUCAACACCACCACAACCUCUGCAAAAUUUAUCAUUUAGUUCGAAGCACGAUGAAUCAUCAAAUACUGGUGAACUUGAGAGGAUACUGUCAGACACAAGUGUUCCUCUUUCAAAGAGAGUUGGAGCAGCAACAUGGAUUGAGUUAAAGUUACUAUUUUACCUUGCUGCCCCUGCAGUUAUAGUGUAUCUCAUUAACUAUGUUAUGUCCAUGUCCACACAAAUAUUCUCUGGUCAUCUUGGUAAUCUUGAGCUUGCUGCUGCUUCCCUUGGAAACACUGGCAUCCAAGUCUUUGCCUACGGCCUCAUGUUGGGGAUGGGUAGUGCUGUAGAGACAUUAUGUGGACAAGCAUACGGGGCACAAAAAUUCGAAAUGCUUGGAGUAUAUCUACAAAGAUCAACAAUCCUUUUAUCAAUAGCAGGUAUAGUCCUAACAUUCAUCUACAUAUUCUCGGAGCCCAUUUUGGUCUUUUUAGGAGAAUCCCCAAGAAUCGCAUCGGCAGCAGCACUUUUCGUGUACGGCCUAAUCCCACAAAUAUUUGCGUACGCCGUAAACUUCCCAAUCCAGAAGUUUCUACAGGCACAAAGCAUAGUGGCACCGAGCGCGUACAUCUCAACCGCGACGUUGGCGAUUCACGUGCUGUUGAGUUGGUUGGUGGUGUACAAGGUGGGGUUGGGUUUGUUAGGAGCGUCGUUGGUGUUGAGCUUUUCGUGGUGGGUGAUAGUGGUGGCGCAGUUUGUGUACAUUGUGAAGAGUGAGAGGUGUAAGGACACGUGGCGGGGGUUUAGCGUUCAAGCGUUUUCCGGGCUGCCGGAGUUUUUUAAGCUGUCUGCUGCUUCGGCUGUGAUGCUGUGUCUUGAGACGUGGUACUUUCAGAUUCUUGUUCUGCUUGCUGGCUUGUUGCCUCACCCUGAGUUGGCCCUUGAUUCACUUUCUAUUUGUACCACGGUGUCUGGAUGGGUGUUCAUGAUCUCAGUAGGAUUUAACGCUGCUGCAAGUGUGAGAGUGAGCAACGAGCUAGGAGCUAGGAAUCCAAGAUCAGCAUCAUUCUCAGUGGUGGUAGUGACAGUGAUAUCAUUCGUGUUAUCAGUGAUAAUAGCAAUAGUGGUUCUAUUAUUGAGGGAUGUCAUAAGCUAUGUCUUCACCGAAGGAGAAGAGGUUGCUGCUGCUGUCUCUGAUCUCUGCCCUCUCCUCGCUCUUUCCAUUGUCCUCAACGGCAUUCAGCCCGUCUUAUCCGGGGUGGCCGUUGGAUGUGGAUGGCAAACUUUCGUUGCAUAUGUAAACGUUGGUUGCUACUAUGGAGUUGGCAUACCAUUGGGCUCGGUUCUUGGUUUCUAUUUUAAGCUCAGUGCCAAGGUAAAUAAUUCCACUAAUGAGGUCAAUUAUUUGUAUUCUCACCCAAAGAUGUUGCCCUUAAUUAGAAAUUUUUGCAUGGUUGAAGAAGCAUCAAAGAGGUUGAAUAAGUGGGACGAAAAUAAGGAGCCACUUCUGAAGAACUGA